AGUUUAUGGUAAAAAUAAAAAAUUCUCAUUCUCCAAUAAUUGGGAAAAAAAGGUUCUCCAUAAUAUGGUGUUCAAACUUAAAUUGAAGUGGUAAAAGCACAUACCAAUCCCUCCAUCCAACAACAUGAGGAAGUUGCCACUUUUGCGGCUUUUUGUUUGGGAAUUGGGAAAUGAGAAAUGAGAAAUACGUCUACUCCAAACAUCCAACAAUUGUAGAUCCACACAAGUGAUGCAAGCAUGUUCCGAGAGAGAGUCAGGCGAGUGAUACUGCCCCCAGCUCAGGAGAAUAUCGAUAAGUUGGAGAAGGUUAUCAAAGAGGGAAAUUACUAUGGAGCUCAACAGAUGUAUAAGUCCACUAGUGCCAGAUAUGUGUCUGCUGAGAGAUACUCUGACGCCUUGAAUGUUCUUCAGUCUGGUGCUUGUUUGCAAUUAGACAAGGCCCAGAUUACCUGUGGGGCAGAGCUUUCUUUGCUGUUUGCUGAAACACUUGCAAAAGCAAAAGUUUCAUAUGACGAAGACACUCUAGCUGCUGGUACAUGUGAAAGGUGCGGACAGACAAAAGAACGCUGUGGCAGUCCAUUCCCGGCUGAAUUUUUUGGACUCUAUGGAGCGAAAGAAACAAGAGAUCGUGUCAGGAAAAUUUACAAGAAGUUUCCUCGGCUUUCUGUGCCACAACAUUUGGACCUUGCAGAUGACGAUGACUUGCAAAAACUUUCUGAAGCCAUUGCCGCAGCAAAAACACGUGUAGAAGGCUGUUCUUCCUUUCUGAAAGCAGCUAUCAAGUGGUCAGCAGAAUUUGGUGCGCAUAGAUAUGGAUCU